GCUACAGCCUGCCUGUGCUGCCGGGACACGAACACUGACAAGCUGCACACACACACCCCACCGACACAGAGACAGACGGAGAACCGGCUGCCAGGCAGACAAAACAUUCGCACAGUCGCACGGAGGGAAAAACGCACAGCACCAUGGGCUGCUGUAACAAGGAGUGCGGACUCAUAGCCGGAGCCGUGAUUGGGGCUGUGGUAGCCAUCCUGGGAGGGGUCCUCAUCCCAGUGGGGAACCGCAUCAUUAAGGGAACAGUGGAGAAGGAGUCCGUCAUUGAGCCUGGAUCGACAGCUUAUGACAACUGGGUGACGACAGGGGCAGCUGUGUACAGGCAGUUCUGGCUCUUUGACGUGAAAAACCCAGUUGAGGUUGUGCAGUACGGUGCGAAACCAGUGGUCGUGGAAAAAGGACCUUACACCUACAGGACGAGGUAUCUGCCCAGAGCAAACAUCACGUUCAACCCCAAUGAUACCGUCUCCUUCCUGCUGCCUCUCAAUGCCAUCUUUGAGCCGGCCAUGUCGGUGGGACCAGAGGAGGACAAGGUCACCUCCCUCAACCUGGCUGUGGCUGGAGCUUAUUCAAUGUUUCCCGAAGAAGUUCAUCCGUUCCUGAAUGCUUUGAUAAAGUCGAGCAACUCCUCCCUGUUCCAGUACCGCACAGUCAAGGAAUUGCUGUGGGGUUAUAAAGACCCCAUGCUGAAAAGUACCCUGGGCGUAUUUGUACCCUACAAUAACACCUAUGAUGGCUACUACACUGUUUACACUGGAAAGGAGGACAUCUCACGAGUGGGGAUUAUUGACAGGUGGCGAGGAGAGAGGAGUUUGCCUUACUGGAACGACACGUACUGUGACAUGAUCAAUGGAACAGAUGCGUCCUCCUUCCCUCCGUUUCUGGACAAAAAGAAGCCUCUCUACUUCUUCUCAUCAGACAUCUGCAGGUCCGUGUCAGCCAGCUAUGAGAAGACCAUGGAUCUGAAAGGGAUUAAGGUUUACCGUUACACCCUCCUGCCGUCCACCCUGGCCUCCCCUACGGUAAACCCAGACAACAGGUGCUUUUGCAAGAACCCAAAGACCACCAAGAACUGCACCUUGGCCGGAGUACUGGAUAUCGGCCCCUGUAAAGACGCAAGACCUAUCUACAUCUCUCUGCCGCACUUCCUACAAGGCAGUCCAUCCCUGCGAGAGGCCAUACUGGGUCUGAAUCCCAGCGAGGAGCACCAUCAAACCUUCUUAGACGUGGAACCUACAACCGGGUUCUCUCUGAGGUUCGCUAAGAGAAUUCAAUUGAAUAUGAUGUACGGGCCAUCGAAUGUCAUCACGGUGCUUGAGAAAGUCAAGGAUUAUACCGUAUUCCCAAUCCUCUGGAUGAACGAGACGGCUGCGUUGGAUGAAGCAACGGCAGACAUGUUUAAGAAGGAGCUCAUCUCCCGUAUCCAGAUGUUGGAGAUAAUACAGCAGUCGCUGCUGGGCACAGGGUUGACCGUCUUCGCCCUGUGUCUCAUCUUCUACUGUGUGGUGAGGAGGCGACGCAGCAAGUCCAUGUUCUGAUGAAUCAGGCGGAAGUGGCUGUUGUGGAGCAGUGCAUUUAAGCUGCUAUGGCACAUCAAACCUUUUUGAUAUAGACUUGCACUUUUUUGUAACUUUACUGUUAUUUAUAAUGUUUUUUCCUUUGAUACCGGGAGGGGGAAUACUGUGAUUUUUUAAAGCUAAAGAGCUAAAUUCCUUUGCCAAGUAUAAUUUUAAGUGCAAACACUGUAACAUUAACUCAAUCAGGGAUUUCUGGAAGCAGGUGUACUCAUUUUAACCGUCAGGCUCAUAAUCCGCACAGAGGAGAAAUGUGUUCUGACGUCCUAUAAAAAAGAAAUUCACAUUAAUCUAAUCAAAUGUUCACAUCCUUCGCUGAACUGGAGUGUUCAAAAAUGAAUAAAAAGCUAAGAAGUGAGUUUUUCAUUGGCUGUCGUGUUCCUAGUGUUGGAUUGUUCUGACCCCGCCUCACGCUCUACACCCCUCGCAGCCCAGAAUACAGGCGAGGCUGAGACAAUCCUCUGCAUUGUGCACGCUCAAGCAAAAGUAAUUCUGUUUCCUCUUUACCUUGAGCGGUCAAUAAAUCAAAAAGAGCAAUAAAAAACAGACU